GACCCCAAGGGCUGUCACCCCUCCGGGGACACCUUUCCCAGGGUGAAGGCUCCUCCUUCCUGACCUGGCCCUGCCCGGGCGCAGGGGGGUCAUUUGGGAGGCCCCCGGACACGAAUGGGGGGACCCCACCGAAUCCAGGGGAGACUCUCGUGGCGCUUCACCAUCAGCCCGCCCCCCCGCUCUCCGCAAGCGGCGGGGACCCCCGGGCACCCCCAGGUCCGCCAUCCUCAUCCCCGGGUGCGGGUCCACACCGAGUGGGGGGUUCCCCAUCCCCAUCGGCAGCUUGACCACGGACCCCCGGCGCAGGCACCCAUCCUGUGACCAGCCUCUCCAUGCGCAGCCUCCAUCCUACUGAAUGCCGUCCCCACCAGAGGCUCAGGAUGCCCCAAGUGCCUCGGUGACCGCGGGGACAGCACCCGCCUGCAGCCGCCGCACCCCAACCUCCCGCAGCGCCCCGCUGGCGGGCGAGCUGUUUUCUCUUGAGACGAGCCCAACCAGGUGAUCAAAAUAGAGUCCUUCAAGGUGACAGUCGACUUCUUGAAGGUGCCCCUGGGCCUGAAGAAACCCCCUCUGAAGGAGGCCCUGGCCGCUGUCCCAAGGCCGGGGAGACCCAAGCCCCUCAGUGUGGAGCGGCACAAGCCCUGGCGCUCCGACAACAUGGACAAUGAGUCGCAGUACUCGGGAUAUUCCUACAAGUCCGGGCAUUCCCGCAGCUCCCGCAAACACAGGGACCGGCGAGAUCGUCAUCGCUCCAAAAGCCGGGAUGGGAGCCGCGGGGACAAGUCAGUGACCAUCCAAGCGCCGGGCGAGCCCUUGUUGGACAAUGAGUCCACGCGGGGGGAUGAGAGGGAUGACAACUGGGGCGAGACCACCACCGUGGUGACAGGGACUUCGGAGCACAGCAUCUCGCACGAUGACAUCACCCGCAUCACCAAGGACAUGGAGGACAGCGCCCAUCUGGACUGCUCCCGGCAUCUGGGUGUCUUGCUGGCCGGGGCGCUGGCGCUUCUUGCCUUCCUCACCCCCCUUGCCUUCAUGCUGCUGCCCCAGCUGCUGUGGCGGGAGGAGCUGGAGCCCUGUGGGACACCCUGUGAAGGGCUCUUCAUCUCCGUGGCCUUCAAACUCCUCAUCCUCCUGCUGGGCAGCUGGGCUCUCUUCUUCCGUCGCCCCAAAGCCUUCUUCCCUCGUGUCUUCAUCUUCCGAGCGUUGCUCAUGGUGCUCGUCUUCCUCCUUGUCGUUUCCUACUGGCUUUUCUAUGGCGUGCGGAUCCUGGACUCACGGGACCGCAACUACCAGGGGGUGGUGCAGUUCGCCGUCUCGCUGGUGGACGCACUGCUCUUCGUGCAUUACCUGGCCGUGGUGCUGCUGGAGCUGCGGCAGCUCCAGCCCCAGUUCACCCUCAAGGCCGUCCGCUCUGCCGAUGGGGCCAGCCGCUUCUACAACGUUGGACAUCUCAGCAUCCAGCGAGCGGCCGUGUGGAUCCUGGAGAACUAUUACCAUGAUUUCCCAGUCUACAACCCUGCCCUCCUCAACCUGCCAAAAUCCGUCCUGUCCAAGAAAAUGUCUGGGUUUAAAGUCUAUUCCCUCGGCGAGGAAAACACCACCAACAACUCCACGGGCCAGUCCCGGGCCGUCAUCGCAGCGGCUGCCCGGCGGCGCGACAACAGCCACAACGAGUAUUACUAUGAGGAGGCAGAGCACGAGCGCAGGGUGCGGAAACGCCGUGCCAGGCUGGUGGUGGCGGUGGAAGAAGCCUUCACCCACAUCAAGCGGCUACAGGAGGAGGACCAGAAAAACCCACGGGAGAUCAUGGACCCACGGGAGGCAGCUCAGGCCAUCUUCGCCUCCAUGGCUCGGGCCAUGCAGAAGUACCUGCGUACCACCAAGCAGCAGCCCUACCACACCAUGGAGAGCAUCCUGCAGCACCUCGAGUUCUGCAUCACCCAUGACAUGACGCCCAAGGCGUUCCUUGAGCGGUACCUGACGGCUGGGCCCACCAUCCAAUACCACAAGGACCGCUGGUUGGCCAAGCAGUGGACGCUGGUCAGCGAGGAGCCAGUGACCAAUGGCCUGAAGGAUGGGGUGGUCUUUGUGCUGAAGCGCCAGGACUUCAGCCUCGUGGUGAGCACCAAGAAGAUCCCUUUCUUCAAGCUCUCAGAGGAGUUCGUGGACCCCAAGUCGCACAAGUUCGUCAUGAGGCUGCAGUCAGAGACCUCUGUGUGAGCUGAAGAGGGAUGGAGAGGGGUUGGGGGGAGACCCUCUCCCUACCCCUCCAUCUCAUCUUCACCAUCUCCGCUGGGGCUCAGGGAGGCCACGGCUCAAGGGCAGAACUGCGGCGGGCACCAGGAAGCAGCACCCAUGCCUGGCUCCAUCACCUACCUGUGAUCGCUCACCCUCGGCUUGGCCAUUGGGGUGGGCUGAGCCCCUUCCUCCUCAUCCUCCCUGAAACCCAGGUCCUUGUAGCAUCCCCCCAGAAGGUGCAACCAGCAGAGGACAGUGGCACAGCCAGGGAGGAGAUGGCGUUUUGGUGCCACAACUCAAGGGCUAACUCUACGUGUUCUUCACCAGCGUCUUCAAGCACCAUCAGGUCCCAAGGAGCUUCUGCGCUUGUCUGAUUUCUACCUGGCAACUGUCCUGGCUCUGGCCUUAAACCACUGCCCAGCAUCUGGGGCUGGUUUUUAAUCCUAGAGAUUAUUCUGGGGACUAUUUUGCAAACACCUCCGUGAUCCAUGGCUGCUAUGAAAACCCCUGGCAUCCAGGACACCAGAGCGGCAAUGCUCCUGGCGGUAGGAACGUCCUCACCUCUCUGCUGAUGGUUUCCACACUCAGCUCUUAACAAAGGCAAGUGAAAAUCUGGUUUAGAAGAGAAGCAGAAGGGAUUUUUCAAGUGGUUUCCCUGCUCCUGAGGUGACCCAUGUCCCUGGUCCCAGCAGCAUCUCCAUGGGGCUUCCUCAUGCUCAUUGGAGCUGUGGCUGUGGGUUGCAAGCAGAGCAGCUUAAAAUGUGUCUUGUGGUCCAAUCCUGGACCUGGAGCCAGUGGUGGAAAUGGAAUGAGGGGUUCCUGGUGAGGAUGAUGAGUGUUUGUGGCUCAAUGAGGUCCUUAAUUAACGUCCCAUGGUGAGAGAUGACCCGUGGUGGUCCCACGAGCAGGGGCUGGCUCGCCGUGGGGAUGCACAAGCUUUUGCCUUCCCUUGGAUUUGUUAAGGUCACAAAUACCUCAUGGAUUUAGUUUCAUUUUGGUUUAAUUUCUAUUUUUCCCUUUGGAUCCCGGAGUCUCGGGGAAGGAGGGCCCGGGGAGAGGUUGUGGCUGGGCAGGAGGGCAUUGGUUUGGUCAUGGUUGGAUUUGGUUUUGGGUUAGUUUGUCCUAAAGCACUCAAAAGGUGUGACGUCAGGGGAGGGCAACGAUGGGCUGGGGUCCUGAUGCCACCUUAGAGGGGCUGGGGCUUUCCCAGCAGGUACGAGGAGCAAACUGAAGAUGCUGAAGGGGUCCUGGGGGGGUCCAAACCCAUCCACGGCUUGGGACCGGCUCCCUCCACUUCCAGGAAAUCUCCAUUUUUCAGGAGUUUCCAAUCCCACCUUCAUGUUCCAGCCUCUUGAGGUCGAAGGACCCAAGUUUCACCCCCUGGUCCGCCCUGCUCCAUCAGUGCUGCCAGCAGGAGCCCAUUUUGGGGUGUUUUAGUGCAAAGAAAAGACUUCAGUGAGCGCAAGCGGGUGGGUUGGCCGGGGAGGGGGGAUUUUUCCACUUGGAGUUUCAGAAGAAUAAACCCUUUUUUCUGGUUCACUUUUGGUUUUGUUCUUGGGGGGUUUUGUUGUUGGAUUUCCGCCGAGCCGAGACCUUGUGCAUGCGUGUAGAAAGUUGUAAAGUGUAAAAUUGUUUUGUUUUUUUUAAUAUAUGAAAAGCUCGUUUUUACAGUUUGCAGUGGCUCGAAGCAGUUCAGCAGUGGUAGGAAGUUUUGUUGGUUGGUUGGUUUGUUUCUUUUUUUCAUAGAGGAACUAAAAUUGUACAAAUUUUUUUUUUAUAUGUAUAUAAAAUAAACCCCUUUUGACUUUUUUUUAUUUAUUUAUUUUCUCUUCCCAUACCCAGCGCUUUGGGGUGAAGCAGCAGGUUUAGGUCUCUGCUUAAGAGAUGCUGCAGUGGCAGGAUGCAACCUCAAGAGAGCACUGGGAGGGAAACUCAUCCUGCCCUUGGAGGAUGCUCGGUGCAGGACAAGGGCUUGGGGUUGGGAGGGGCCAUGGAUUUAGGGUCUAUGGAGCCAGGGAUUUGGGGGUUGAGGGAUCAAGGAUUUGAAGUUUAUGGAAGUCAAGGAUUUGAGCUUUAAAGAGCCAAAGGAUUAGGCUUUAUAGGGGUUGGGGUUUAGGAGGGUACAAAGAUUUAGUGUGUAUG